UCAUCGCUUAAAGACAUCAGGGGGAAGAGGGACAUCUGGAGGAGGCAAGGUCUGAAUGUUAAGAUGGCUCUCAUAAAUCCAGCAGCACUUUUGUUAUUAGUGUGCGUGCUAAUCCUCCGUGUUAACUCAUCGGUUGGCGACAAAGCUAGUACUAGCCAUAACAACAAUUCACAUGAAAACGGAACACCAGGUCAUGCCAGUGAUCCGAUACCGGAGCUCAAAGUGGCAAAGUUUGACUUUGCAUAUGUAGCUGGGCCACUGACGAUCAUUGUGUGGAUUUUGAUAGCAAGUUUUGCCAAACUCGUCUUCCAUUUGUCUCACAAGCUGUCUUCGAUUGUACCGGAGUCAUGUUUGGUAAUUGUUCUUGGAAUCAUCAUUGGAGGAAUAAUGAAGGGUAUAGGCAUUCUGGAUACAGUUCCUACCUUCUCAUCACGCACUUUCUUUCUGUUUAUGCUGCCACCAAUUGUUCUUGAGGCUGGUUAUUUUCUUCAGGACAAAGCAUUUUUCAACAAUAUAGGAACAAUCUUGUUGUACGCUGUUGUGGGAACAAUUUUCAAUACAUUCACUGUAGGUCUGUCAUUGUUUGGGGUAUCAUGGAGAGAUGGGAUGAACUUGACUUUGAUGCAUACAUUGACAUUUGCAGCCCUGAUUGCUGCAGUGGAUCCAGUUGCUGUGCUGGCUGUGUUUGAGGAAAUUCAUGUUAAUGUCAUGCUCUAUAUCUUGGUGUUUGGUGAAUCACUUUUAAAUGAUGCUGUGACUGUAGUUCUAUACCAUCUCUUUGAGGCUUUAGCAGGAUUUGAUGUGGUCUCUUACAAAGAGAUCCUUAUUGGCUUUGCUUCAUUCUUUGUGGUCAGUAUCGGAGGGACAACUCUGGGACUGCUGUGGGGUUUAGCCACAGCAUUUGUAACCAAGUUUACUGAUCAUGUUAGAGUGAUUGAACCCAUCUUUGUGUUUGUCAUGAGUUACCUUUCAUACCUAACAGCAGAACUGUUCCACUUGUCUGGAAUUAUGAGUAUCGUCACAUGUGCUAUUGUCAUGAAGCCUUAUGUUGAACUUAACAUCUCAAGAAAGUCCCAUACAACAAUAAAGUACUUUCUGAAGAUGCUCAGUUCAAGCAGUGAAACUCUAAUCUUUAUGUUCCUUGGAGUGCAAGUGGUUAGCUGGGGUCAUGAAUGGAACACAAAGUUUGUUUUUGUCACCCUGGUAUUUAUCCUUGUUUUCAGGGCCCUAGGGGUGGUCAUCCUCACAUUCCUUGCUAAUAGAUUUGGUCGACUUAAUAAACUUAGUGCUGUAGACCAAUUUAUUAUGAGCUAUGGUGGUAUCAGAGGUGCUGUGUCAUUUUCCUUGGCAGUUUUACUGGACGAACAUCAUUUUCCACAGAAGAACAUGUUUGUCACGACCACAAUUGUUAUCGUCCUUUUCACAGUUUUCUUCCAGGGUAUGACAAUCAAACCUCUUGUGCGGAUUCUUCAUGUGAAACUGAGGGGAAAGGAACAGCCUACUAUGUGUGUAGAACUCAAUGAAAAGUUUUUAGACCACCUUGUGGCUGGAAUUGAAGAAAUAAGUGGCCAUCAUGGUCAUGGGUAUUACUGGGAAAUGUUUGAGUAUGUACACACACAUUAUCUGAGAAGGUGGUUAAUACGUGACGGUGAUCGGUUUGUCCAAGAUGAAGACAUUUUGCUGGCGUACAGAAGACUGGCUUAUAAAGAUGCCUUGACACGCUUAGAGAGAGAAGGGAGCGGAUCAGCCAUACAUCCCUCAAAUAUCCCAAUUGAGCUGUUGGCAAAGAGUGCGCUUGAAGCGUCAGCCAUCUGUGCAAAUGAUUCCGAUGAGAAUGAAGAUGAAAAUAAACCCAUGCUAAGGGCGGGAGAAGAUGUUCGUGUUCCUGAUGCUAUUCAAGUAGAUUGGCGAGCGUCAGGAGUACCAAGUGGAGGCGAGCUUGAAAUUCACGACACUUCUAUGCACAGCUUAAACAAUCUCAUCGAAAGAAACAGAAGAAGUAGGCACAGGAAAAUGUAUAGAAAUAAUUUACUUGACGACGACGAAGAUUUUCCUCGCUACCUUUUCCCCAUGAAACCAAGGGAAACGGCUUAUCAAAACCAGCUUUUAGUGAAUUCGAAACCUAUUCACUUUCAUCAUAAACAUAAACCAAGGCAUCACCACAAACGACACAAGCAUCAUAAGCGACAUGAACAGCCUCCCAAGAAACAACUGUCUGCAAUCUUUGAGGAGGAUGAGGUCGGACGGACUUCUCCAUCAGCUGAAUAUCCAGUAGGUCCCAUUCCCUCGAGCAGCGAGGAUGAAGAGCCUGGUAUAUCUUUUGAGGCAAAGCCAAAGGGCAGAAUAGGACGAUAUCCUUCCUUUGAAAGCAAAGACGCAGUUCCUGGCGAACCACUCCUUAAGAAUGAAAAUAAUGAAGAUGCCAAAGAAAAUGACGACAGUAAACCCACCGAAGAUUCACCGACAGAGCCUGAUAGUGUUCCCUUGGAUUCGUUUGUGGUGCAAGUAGAUAAUGACGAAGGAGAAGAAAAGAUUGCUGAAAGCAAAAUGUAACGACGGAAUUUGGUUUAUUGUAGGUUUAAUGUAGAAUCUUUCCUUUAAGGUAAAAGUAAAAGAAAAUGAAAUAAGUAUUUAUGCGCUUACUUAUGACAAGUAACGAAGGUAUAGAAAGUGUGACAACUGGUAAUAACGUCUCGCGUAACGUUUCACGUUACCGAACGAUUCUCUUUAUUUAUCGAAAAGCAUGUGCUGUCUGAUCUAGCAAGUUGAAAGGCAUGGGAAAUGACAAAAUUUCAGCAAACCUAUUCGUGCUAACAAACCUGUGAAAAAAUAAGCUAAACCACGCAUGUUACUGCCCUGAUCAAAGACGGCGAAGAAAAACAAAAAUGUUCGCUAAACUGUACACAUUGCAGCUGACAAAACUCAGUUUUCCUGUUAAUUUUUUGUAUUGGAAAAUAAUUAUCUAGUCUAACGUUCACUUCUAAAAACUUUGAGUUUUGCUGUUUUUGUUCAAUAUUGGUCUUAUGUAGACAAGACAUAUAGGAAUUGAAUUACAUUUGUUUUGGAAGUCAAGAAGUCUUAUUUUUUGUAGUAAAGUUGACAGAAAUGCAAAGGAUAUAAAAGCAUAAGAAUUCUUUUUGUUAUUUUUUAAAAUUUUGUCUUGAUAAUUCUUGUAAAGAAAAGAAAAGUUUUCACAAUGUGACCUUUAGUUGUCCUUAGCAGUUUAAUUUGCUUAUCAUUUAAAUUUUGCCAGAUAUUUGACUCAAGUUUUACUCAUGUAUAUGCAUAAAAAAAUACACCAAAGUAGACUUUAUUGGCUUCGCAUGAUAAGUUAUUGAAGUGGAACAUUAGGGAUGUUACUCACUGUGAAUUUGAACCUAGUCAAGUCUUGAUUGCUUUGCAAAUUGGAUCACGCAUGGAAGGGUCACAUCAAAAUGAACCAAUCAGGCACAUUAGUAUGAACUACAGUACUUUAAAACCCAAAAAUGGUGAUCACCAGAGUAUUUAAGGAUUGUUAUUGUAGAAAUGAUGAAUAAGGAAAGAGCCAAUCAGUGGUGAGAAAACUAAACUGCAACACCAACCAUAAUUUGUGGUUUUGAGGAUUUUUUUUUCUCAUGGCCUGAACUUUAACCCUUUAACUUCCAGAAGUGAUUAACAUGAAACUUCUCCCUAUCAUAUUCAUACAUAAUCUGGCAAACAAGUAAUGAGAAUACUCAAACGUAUCAGGUAGAAGUCUUUAUCCUGAUCAAACACUUAAUUCUCAUAAAUUAUUUACAAGAAAAUGUUUAGCAGCUAGAGGUGAGAAUUGACAAUCAGAUCUUGGGAGUUAAAGGGUUAACAUGAUUGGUUGGUAUACAGUUGACUUGUCAGAACCAAAAAAAGUUUUUGACCAUUUCUGAGUCUCUCAUUAAGUCCCACUGAUCCAUUUUGCAAAACAAUAUAAACUUAAAACUUAAAACCACUCAAUUUUUGAUUGGUGGUUUGCAAUUUAGAGCUGUGUUUGAAUUUCAUUACCUGUAAAUGUUUUUGAAAUAUUAACUAAGCUAGUAAUCAAAGUUUGAAAUUCAACCAGUUCUUUCAUAGACUGUUACUGUUCAUUGAAUUUCACCUUAAAUAUGAAUUUGUUAGGAGAAUUGGGUAAAACUGAGAAGGGGGCAACCCCCAUAAAUUGAUGGGUAACCUGAAGAUACCCAUCAGUAUUAAACUGUUUUAAAGGAAAUAAUCUUAAAAUUGCAGUUGCAUGCUACUUAAUAUUUAAAAACCAGGCAAAUAGUUGGUGAAAAUACAGGUUUAAUGCUAUUUAAUGGUAAAAAUUAGCAGGUUUUUAGUAAGUAGUUGUUGUAAUUAGACGUAGUUAGAUGUAGUAAGAUGUGGUAAUGUUUUUAAAUAAGAUUUAGCUAUUUAUUAACAUGUGGAAAUGCCAGGCAAUUAUUUAGAGUUAAAUUAAAUAUUGAAAUUGUGGAAAUGCCACAUUGAGGUGGUAAAAUGAGACAAUUGCAAGAAGAAGACAUGCACAAUUGUUUACUUUAAGCUAAUAGCUGUUUGCAAUGAAAGUAGAGAAUGAUCUUCAUCUUUUUAACUUACUGGCUGUAAAUUACUAGAAUGAUUAAUUAAUCAAUAAAUUUUGUAGUUUUUAAGAAAAUAAACCUAUUUUUGGAUA